CGCGAGCCUAUAGCUAGUGCAAGUCCGUUAGUAUUUUUUUUUUCGUUCAUCCAGAAAGUUUAAGUGGACGAGCGGCCCGUUUAUAUGGUCUGUCAAACAGCUCUCGACCCGUAACUCCCGAAAUUCUGAAGUGUAUUUCUUUGGCCGACAGUUUCCGAUAAUCAUAAUCAUUCCUUCCUUCCAAAGCGGCGAAAAAUACGAAAAAAUAAUCAAAUAAUCUAAAGACAACAACAAUUCGGCGGUUCGUUUUUUGCCAGUGUGUGUGAGUGUAUGUGAGCGCGCAGUGCGAGUGUGUGUGGACCGGUGCUCCUGUUCUUGUUGUUGCUGUUUCCAAGACUCAAAAACACACACUAACGCAGGGUCGCAUGCAAGAGACUCGCACACAAUUGCGAAUAUUAAGUAAAAACAUAUAUACAUAUAUAUGUGACAACAAACGCCAGGGAAAAACUGGAAAGCGGAGAAAAACAAUUGAGAAAUUAAAUCAGCAGCAGGAGCAGCAACAUGGAUCUAAUCAAUAAAUUUAGCAGUGCGUUCUGGAGUGAGCACAUUUGGCUGCCGCCGAACACAACUUGGGCGGAUAUUGCGCCCGGUUCGCGACAGGAUGUGGUGCACGCUAACUAUAAGGACCUCAUCUGGCCCAUUCCAUUCGCCGCUGUCGUCAUGCUGGUCCGUUACACGCUGGAGCGUUUUUGGAUAUCGCCAAUAGGCAAAUCACUGGGCAUACGUAGUUCUAGACCUAAGAAGGCGGCAAAUGUUCCUAUUUUGGAGACGGCUUAUGCCAAAUCGACGCGAUUGGACAACAAAUGGCUGGCUCCGCUGUCCAAGCAGACGGAUAUGAGCGAGCGCCAAAUUGAGCGCUGGUGGCGUUUACGAAGGGCCCAGGACAAGCCCUCGACGCUGGUGAAGUUCUGCGAGAAUACCUGGCGCUGUAUCUACUACCUGUACAGCUUCAUCUUUGGCGUGAUUGUGCUGUGGGACAAGCCCUGGUUCUGGGAUGUGAAGAGCUGCUGGUAUGGCUACCCGCAUCAGUCGAUCAGCAAUGAUAUCUGGUGGUACUACAUGAUUUCGAUGUCCUUCUACUGGUCCCUCACUGGCACCCAGUUCUUUGAUGUGAAACGCAAGGACUUCUGGCAGAUGUUCAUUCACCACAUGGUUACAUUGCUGCUGAUGUCUCUCAGCUGGGUGUGCAACCUGCACCGCGUCGGUUCCCUAGUCCUGGUUGUCCACGAUUGUGGCGACAUCUUCUUGGAGGCUGCCAAACUCACCAAAUAUGCCAACUUUCAAAAGCUCUGCGACGCCAUCUUUGCCAUCUUUACUGUGGUCUGGAUUGUGACGCGCCUGGGCUUCUAUCCACGCAUCAUCUACAGCUCAUCUGUGGAAGCACCGCGCAUUCUACCCAUGUUCCCAGCCUACUACAUCUUCAACUCAUUGCUUCUGAUGCUGCUUGUGCUCCACGUUAUCUGGACAUACAUGAUUCUCAAGAUCGUUGUCGACUCUUUGCAGAAGGGUCUGAUGUCCGGUGACAUACGUUCCAGUGAUAGUGAGGAUCUCUCAGACAGUUCGGAGAAUGCACCUCUGGCCAACGGAACGGCGCGCUCCAAGAACAAGUCGAACAGCGGUGCGCCUUCAGCCGGAGGAUCUGGAGGAGCAGCAGGUGGGGCCACCCAGCGCAAGACCAACAAUCACGCGACUGAGGCGGCUGGAGGAGCUGCGACAACGGCGGCUAAGUAGGCUGGAAUGUGGUUGACUGGGUCAUGGGAUCGAAAGACGGAGUGGCCGGUGGCCACCAGUAGCAGAAGCCACUAUCCCCAGCGGUGGGCACAUUUCCCGAGGGGCAGGAGCAACAACAACAGCAAACAAACAAAAUCAACACACACACCCCAUAUACAACACACACACAUACAAAAAAAACCAAACCAGUUCAGAACGUUUUUAUGUUAAUUAUUAUUUUUUAUAUUUAAUUCUUUUUUUUUAAGAUAAACAAAAAAAAACAACAAAUCGGAAACCAAAAGAAAUUUCAAUAAAUGCGAGAAAAUUGAUGCGUAACGAUCCACUUCUAUGCACAUCGUUAUUUAUUAAAAUGAGUAUAUAUUUAUAUAUAAAAAAACAAUAUAUAUAUAUAUAUAUGCCUCACCGUUUUUUGUUGUUGUUUUUCUUGCUUAACCAAAAAAAAAAGAAACAAGAAAAUAACGUUAAAAAUAACCAAUUAAACGUAAAGCUAAAGUUAAGUUAUUUUACCAAACGAAAUGGAAGAUAGCACAGUGGGACUAAACCAAAUUCGCUUAGACAAGAAUUCAAUAAAAGAGAAAUAAAGAAAAAAACAGAAUAGUAGUCAAAACUAUUGUAAAUAUUGUACUUGUAUGUUUCCCAUAUUAAUAAAUUUAUGCAAAACUUAUUACAAGAA